GAACAAUUACAAGUGAUAUAGUCGUAAUUUUUUUUCGUGAUGACUGCAGGUCAGAAUAAUAAGAAUUGAAUAAGUUGAGAAGUUAGUUUGUGUAGUUACCUAUGUGCGACAGAAAAUAAUUCCAAUUAUAAUUUAUUCAACAAUGUAGGUAGAUGAAAAAUACUGCAUGUAAUUAUGCUUGAAAAUUACACUAUAGUGAAGCACGCUACGUCUUCCUUGUGAUGUAUCGCAGUAGUAGAAGAGGGAAUGUUGGUAUGGUGGAUUGGUGUUACCUCAAGAGUGCAACUAAUAUCUUGUUUGUUUAUGUAAUUUAAUUUUUUAUUCUAUUCGAUGCGUGUUGUAUGUAGAGUGCAGUAAAUGUAAUUAGGUAUAUUGGAGACAUUCUUGGCAUAUAUCGUACAAUGAAUCUAUAGAAUAUGACAGCAUUUCUGGUCCAUCAGGCAUGUGGAAAGAAGUUAAAAUGAGACUUCACUUUGUAGACUGACAUUAAGCUGAAAUUUCCAAAAGCAUCAGCUGCCCAACUGACAAAUUCAUGUUUGAAAGUGGUUUUUGAUCCUACAUAUGAUCAUGUUUAUGUUUGGUUUUAUUUCAUCAAGUCAUGUCAUGGGUGCUGCAAGUUCUUUUUUUGAAGCGAUAGCAGCAAGAAAAUGUGUUUACAAACUAACGUUUGGGCCAUAAGUUGUAAAAUAAUUUUGUAUUUCAGAAAGAAGAAAACUUUUUUUUUUGCAAUUUUAUUUUGCUUUUUUCUUGUUUCAUUCCAAAAAUACGGAGAUGUCUGGUUUGCAUUUUUCUAAAAGUUUGUGCCAUUUAUCAUGAUGAAAUGUACUCAGUACAUUAUUUGUUUGGUCAGGGAUAGUUUUAUCAUUAUAAAAAAGAAGUUGGAUUUGGAACUUCCUUCUGAGUAUAGUAACAUGUGCCAUGAAUUUUAUAAUAUAAUGUUUCCUUUACAUGAUGUAACAUUUCAGAAUUGAGUAUAAUUUUAGAAUUUUCAACAGAUGUAAGGAGUGAGAUUAGAAAUUUUCAUUGUUGUUUUGAAUACUUUCAUAUCAUGACAAACUUUUAUUAUUGGAUGGAACAGUAUUGAGUAAUUUGAUUUCUGCAUAGUUAGCAUCUUUCUGAUAGUUAGUAUUGUUAGGAUUCACAAUGUGGAUAUUAUGUUUAUGUCUUGUGUUUAUACUAUGUAUGUUGCAAUUUGUCAAAAAAAACAUCUACAUGCUAUCCAAAGUGAAUGACAGGAGAGUAAGAAUUCACUCAUAGGGGUAAGUAUAUUACAUUUUUUAAAUUUUUCUCUAUAAGAUUCUAUUUUACACCAGCCAUUGUUCUGAUUUUGUUAAAUACUAUUUGCAACCUGUUGAACUUUCCCAUACAUUAACUCCAUGUCAUGAUGGAAUAAAAAUAAGCUUAUUAAACUAAUUUUAAACUAUCUCAUGGCUAAGCAUGCUGAACAUUGUUUUGUUGUUAAUAUAUUUAACUUGUUUCUUUUUACAAUGCAUGUUUUUAUGGAUUCAUAACUUGGUUUACCUACUUCUUCAGUUGUAUCAUCAUAACCUUUAUUUAAAUUCAUAUAUGUUUUGUUGUUAGAAGGAAAUUUCAUUAAGUUUAUUUUGCCAAAAUUUAAUGCAAGUUUCUUGGCUUUAAACCAUUUUUUCAGGCUAACAAAGACAUCGAUCAUUAAUGAAAUUUGGAAGUAGUCAAUCUUUGGUGGAAGUGGUAUGAUUGAGAAUUGAUGCUUGGGGAUUGAACAUUGACAUUGAAUUGUCAUCAUGUCUCAGCCAGUUAUUACAGCAAUGGACAGCUUAACAGCUGCUCUUAAAAGCAAUAUAAUCCCAAAUCAGGAGUAUCUUUUGCAAGGAAGUGUUCUGGAUUCUGCAGUUGAAGUGUUAUUACAUCGCCUGCGUGGCUUAUGUGACAAUGUUGACUCUGGUCCAGAGACAUUUCAUGAUCAUGAGAUGUGCUUCAGUAUUCGGGGAGCUAAUCUUCAGCCAUUACUCUUGCGUGUGAGACGAGCUCUUGAUUAUCAAGAUAUGCCAUGGCAAUUAAGGUAUAUUGGACAACCAGAAAUUGGUGACAAGUCCAGACCCACCAUUGUUCGCAGCAGCAUAGACAUUGGGACCAGCUCAACUGUAGUUGAAUUCCUCACUGAACUGGGGUGCAGGAUGGAUUUUGAAUAUAUUGUGAGGGGUUAUAUGUUCCGCAAGGGGCGAAUGAAAAUUACAGUUUCAAAAAUAUUCAAGGUGGGACAGGUGGGGCAGGGAAAGCCUGCAGAAAGCAUGGAGCCCAUGUCCCAGUCAUACUUGGUGGAACUGAGUGUGCUAGCCCCCAGUGGACAGGAUGCCAUUGCUGAGGACAUGCGCAGUUUUGCUGAGCAGCUCCGUCCUCUGGUGCAGCUCGAGAAGAUCGACUACAAGAGGCUACAGCAUAUUCCAUAAAGACACUCUUUAUUACCUUGACUGUAUUUACAUUUCACAUGCUAUUUGGGAAUAUUACCAUUUUUGUGGAUAUAUUGAGAUUUAAAAUCAAUAUCAUCAUAGUUUGUAAAUAGUGCAGUAAAUGUGGUUAUAAAGAAAAAUAUUUCAAGCAGACGUUUAAGCUACUAA